UUACUGUUCAUCGACACAAUCAAGCCAGACCUACAAGCAACCAGUAGACCACAGAUCUGCAAAAGAAAAUUUUCAAAAUGAAAGGUUACUUCAUCUUCGCCGUUUUGUUGAUCCUCACCAUCGGUACCGAACUCGCUUUCGGUGACUGCCUUUCCGGAAGAUAUGGAGGCCCAUGUGCAGUAUGGGACAACGAAACCUGCCGCAGAGUGUGCAAAGAAGAAGGACGAGUAAGUGGCCAUUGCAGCGCUAGUCUGAAGUGUUGGUGUGAGGGGUGUUAGCCUUACAGAAGUACUACUAUUUUAAUCAAAAUGACGAUGUUCGAUAUUUUUGGUAAAAGUUUUGUAUUUUUUUAAUAUAAGUUUUUUUAGCAAGA